UAUUGCAAUAGCAAAACAAGUGUUUCACUAACUCAAGUAGUGGAGUUUUGUCGUGCACUGCGUACGAAAAUCUACGGACGAUAUAGGUGUAGCGUUCCUAACUUAAGCAAACAAGUCCCGCGCACCAUCCGCAUCAAGCGUCAACUGUUGCGCAUUUAUAUUUGACCGCAUGCCCUUUUCAUCUAUCUGUUCGUUUUGAAUCCCAUUUCAUCAGUUGGAGAAAAUGACCUCAAAACUCAAGAUAGCAGUAGUUGGCGGAACGGGAGAAACAGGGGCCUCAAUUGUAAAUGCGCUACUUGACAACCCUGAAGAAUUCGAAAUUUCAAUUUUAGUGCGACCAGCCUCAGUCGGUAAACCAGCGGUGGUUGCAUACGCUCAACGAGGAGUGGCUGUAAAGACGAUUGAACUUAGCGAGGUUACUGAUGCUCUCACCUAAGUGC